CGUAUGGAAACGGUGCGACUCUCCAAGGGAGAGAAGUGUGUUCACCUUUUUUGCUAGGCCCUUCCCUUCCAGAGUGUUUGGGGUGGGCAUCUGACUGCUCCAGGCAGGGCUGGAGAAUGUUGAGAUGGAGACGGAAACAUGCCAGUGCCUUGCAGGACAGCUUCACCCAACCUCUGCCAGACCCUCCUUCUAGCCCUGGAACCUGAAUCUUGAGCUACUGUUCUGGGAGGAAAGGGGGAAAUCUCUCCAAGGUCUGCACUCUGUCCCCAGGUACCUUGAGUCUGAGGUGCUUUGCCUGAAGGUCCUCUACCUGAAUGGAUGGAAGAUCUUUGAUAGAAUUGGAGUUAAAACAUCCCAUGCCUUCUUGAACAAAUUAAAGUGCCCCCUAAUCAACCCUCCCUUUCACAUUGUUCUGACUUGGACAUUCCAUGGCUCUCCCCACAAAGACAAGUCUCCUCAACUGAGGAGAUUAAAUGCAAAGCAGAUGAUGAAACAGCAGAGAUCCUUGGAAAGCCGCUCUAGACAGGGACAAGGGCCACCAAGGAGGAGAAGCUCUUGCUUAGGAAGAUCUAGCUGCAGGAUAGAUGCACUUUCUCUGCCAGCCAGAGAGAAAUAGCUUUGCUGCUCCAUAAGAAACUUUACUAGUGCUAAGAUAGCUGGCCAGUGAAGCAUUCCAGAGACUUUAUAUCCCCCAACAGAAAUAUGAAUGGAGAUUACCCUGUGGGCAACAGUCCCAUUUUAAAAUAUGCUGUUCCAUGGUCCCCCAGAGCCUACUUCAACUUGUCAGACCAUGUGCUCAGUUUCAUAUGCAAGAUGCAUUCGCUGUGCCCAUAGGUGGCUCAGCAAAUGCCCAGUCAUUCCCUGAAGUAGCUUCACUGUGCAGCCUGGACAGUCACCCAACCCUCCCUCCUCACUCUGAGACACCUAGAGAUAGCGAUACCCACACCCCGACGGGUGCCCAGCCCUAAGAAGCAGACAUGUGCACACUGAUACCCAGCACACACACAGAUAGGCUCACACACAUGGUCUGAUAUGCACAGAGGUCAGGCCCACUUGCACAGUCGGCAGGGUGGACGGGUCCCCCGAAAGCAUACUAACAUCCCUCUCCAUAGCAUGGGGCUUUGGGACUGCUUUCCUUGGCUUAAGUUCAAGGGGAGCGUCCUAAGCUGCCCUUUCACUCCAACUUCCCAGCACCUCUCUUAUCUCUGCCUCACAAGUCACCCCUGGCCUUCUCUUCCUUCCUUGUGCUUGAAGAAUCUCUACUUGCUGGAAAGCCCCCUGGUUUCUUGGCCUCUCUUUUCACUUCAGGAAAAUACCCACUUUGUGGUCCCCACCUUCUUCGUUUCCCGCCUGCAGUCCUGACCAGUGAAUCCACUCAAAAAACAGGAAGCCCCGGGGCUGGUGCCCCAUGCAGCUCUGAGGGUUGGGCAGGCAGUGGCAGUGGGGCGGGGGGAGUGAAAGCUUCCUGAAUGCCCCCCAUGGCCCUGCCCCAAAAGCUGAUGGGCCUCAUUAGUCCUUGGCACUUAUCUUGGAACCACAGACACUGGCAGAGCCAGAGUGGCCCCAGCCCUUCUCUUUGCCUGCCCUGAGCCCAGCAGUACCAUGGGGAACUGUCUACACCAGGUAGAGCCGUCCCUCUUGUCAGGCGAGAACUUAAGUCAGCAGGCAUUUGGAGACAUCUUUUGGAAUUAUUCUGACUAUGAGACUGGGAACAUCAGCGACUACGACAGCAGCAGCCUAGAAGCCGCCGCCCCCUGCCACUCCUGUAACCUGCUGGACAGCUCCUCGCUGCCCUUCUUCAUCCUGGCCAGCAUCCUGGGCAUCCUGGCCAGCACAGCUGUGCUCUUCGCACUUUUCAGGCCUCUCUUCCACUGGCAGCUCUGCCCUGGCCGGCCCAUCCUGGCACAACUGGCUGUGGGCAGUGCCCUCUUCAGCAUCGUGGUGCCCAUCCUGGGGCCAGGGCUAAGUAGCGCCCCCAGCACCACCCUGUGCAGACUGGGCUACUAUGUCUGGUAUGGUUCCGCCUUUGCCCAGGCUCUGCUGAUAGGGUGCCGUGCCUGUCUGGGCCCCAAACUGGCCCAGGUCCCAGGCCUCACACUGGGGCUUACUGUGGGACUGUGGGUAGCAGCCACCCUACUGGCAUUGCCGAUCACCCUGGCCAGUGGCACCUCCCAUGGAAUCUGCACCAUGCUAUCCAGCAGGGACUUGAAAGUCUUGCAUUUCAUACACACUGCUGUCUGUCUUGUCAUCUUCGUCUUACUGCCCCUGGGUUUGCUGGGAGCCAAGGUGCUGAUGAAGGUGCCAAGCAGGGGGGCGGGCCCCUGGGUGGAUGUCCUCUGGGCCUGGUUCAUUUUCUGGUGGCCUCAUGGGGUGCUUCUGGGAGUGGACUCCCUGGUGAGGUUCAGGCUCUGGACACUGCCAAAUUGUGUGGCCCAGCGAGUUCUGGAUCUGCUGCUGGACCUGGCAGAAGCCCUGGGGAUACUGCACUGUGUGGCUGCGCCCCUGCUCCUGGCCCUGUUCUGCCACCAGGCCACUCGCACCUUCCUGCCUUCCCUGCCCCUUCCUGAGAGAUGGUCUCCUCCGAACACCCUUGAGGAAAAAUCCUAGUUUUCUUCCCACCUGUCAACCUGAAUUAAAGUCUACGUUGCUUUAUGAAA